AGACGCCUUUCCCGCGUUUUAUUCAUGAUUCCACGUGGAUUAAUUUAAAGGGCCAGAACUAGUCACUGAGUCAAAAAAAGAAAUGAGCAAAACGUGGGAGCCAUGGUUCGAUCUAUAUCUCGUCCAAUAGACCAACAACACUAACUCAAAAAAUGGGUGUUAUGCCCGAGAUCGGUCAGGCAGUGGAAGAUAUGGAUUGGAGCCUGCCCACUGAUGUCCAGGCUGAAGCUAUCCCGAUGAUCCUGGGGGGUGGAGAUGUACUCAUGGCAGCAGAGACUGGGAGUGGAAAAACUGGGGCCUUCUGUCUGCCUAUCCUGCAGAUUGUUUAUGAAACCAUGAGGGAUAUGAAAGAAGGGAAGGGCACUCAAGUUACUACGAAAGCAUCUUCAUCUAAGAAAUGGAAAAUGAAUGUGUAUGAUCGUGGUGAUGCUAUGGCCAUUGAUCCUGAAGGGAGACUGUGCCAGAGUCGUGAUCAGCAAGGAUGGCAUGGCACAAGAUCAAACAAGGGCGUCAGUGCAGGAGGCAAAUACUACUAUGAGGCAACUGUAACUGAUGAGGGCUUGUGUCGUGUUGGUUGGUCAACUGCAAAGGCUCGUCUAGAUCUUGGUACUGACAAGGAAGGAUUUGGUUUUGGUGGCACAGGAAAAAAAUCAUUCGGAAAACAAUUUGACACUUAUGGCGAGGCAUAUGGCAUCAAUGACACAAUUGGAUGCUAUCUCGACCUAGACAGCUUCACCAUCAAGUGGUCCAAAAACGGCACUGACUUUGGUAAAGCCUACGACAUCCCUGCAAACCUAAGAAAUUCCACUUAUUUCGCCUCAGUCUGCCUCAAGAAUGCUGAGAUCAAGUUCAACUUUGGCGACAGUCCAUUGAAGUAUCCCCCUCAGAGAGAAUACAAGGCUCUGGGCAAGGCUGCCACAGAAUUUGUCACAUCGUCUCAAUAUGGAGGUGGAGGCCCUGCUGCUUCAAAAGGCCCGGCACCAAAUGCCCCAUAUGCCAUCAUCAUUGAGCCAUCGCGAGAGUUGGCGGAGCAAACUCUGAACCAGGUCAGGAAAUUCAAAAAGCAUCUUAAGGACAUUCUGAUUCAGGAGUUGUUGCUAAUUGGGGGAAUUCCCGCUAAAGACCAGAUCGAUCGGCUGAUGAAUGGCGUAGAGAUUGUCUGCGGCACCCCAGGACGCAUGGAUGAUCUCAUGUCGACAGGAAAGUUACUCCUCAACAACGUGCGCUUCUUUGUGCUGGAUGAAGCGGAUGGCUUGCUCUCUCAAGGCAAUGGUGACCUCAUUAACCGCAUCCAUGCACAGAUACCCAAGGUGACAAAUGAUGGCAAGCGAUUACAGAUGGUUGUAUGUUCUGCAACACUGCACAACUUUGAUGUCAAGAAAAUGGCGGAACGCCUUAUGUAUUUUCCCACUUGGAUAGAUCUGAAAGGCCAGGACAGUGUCCCCGAAACCGUUCAUCAUUGUGUGUGCAUGAUUGACCCAAAUAAGGACAUGUCUUGGAUGAGUAUGCAGCGCCACGUCACGACAGAUGGCGUCCAUGAGAAGGAUCGUAUCGAUGCAAGGAACUUAACCCCAGAGACGCUGUCGGAGGCAGUGAAGCUCCUAAAGGGAGAGUACCUCCUGAGAGUGAUCAAGGAAUACAACAUGGACAAGGCGCUCCUCUUCUGCCGCACGAAGCUCGAUUGUGACAAUGUUGAGGCAUACUUCACAUCCCUUGGAGGAGGUCCAAGGGGGCGUAACCGUGAAUUGUCGUGUGUGUGUCUGCAUGGAGAUCGCCGACCUCAAGAACGGAAAGGCAACUUGGAGAAGUUUAAAAAUGGCGAGGUGCGUUUCUUGGUCUGCACAGAUGUGGCGGCCCGUGGUAUUGAUGUCAUGGGUUUACCCUAUGUUGUCAAUGUGACUCUUCCCGAUGAGAAACAGAACUAUGUGCAUCGUAUUGGACGCGUUGGCCGAGCUGAGAGGAUGGGUUUGGCAGUCUCGUUUGUAAGCAGUGUGAAGGAAAAGGUCUGGUAUCAUUCCAACUGCAGUAACAGAGGCAAGGGAUGCUACAAUACCAACCUUACUGACCGCGGCGGAUGCUGCAUCUGGUACAACGAACCCCAGCUGCUUGCAGAUGUUGAGGACCAUCUUGGUGUAACCAUAGACCAGAUUGAGCCUGACUUGAAGAUCCCUAUCAAUGAGUUCGAUGGCAAGGUCUCCUAUGGACAGAAGAGGUCAAAUGCUGGAAGUGGAUACAAGGGCCAUGUGGAUUUCCUCGCACCUACUGUUGCUGAGCUAGCCGCCCUCGAAAAGAAGGCACAGACUUCACGGAUCACUCUCCUUCAUAGGAAACCAUUUGCAACUCGCUAGGAAUAGAUGGACUUCUAGAUGUACUGUAGAAAUUGCAAUAAGUGGCUGUCGAGCAACUUUCAAAAAGGGCCUAGAUUUGUAUCUGAAGUCCAUUCAAGUCACUGAUAGGUCUAUAGUCAUCAAAAUAGAGGCUGGGUUAUGGUGUAACUUGAAGUGACUGGCCCAUCGUGACAGUUAUAUUACACAACAAUGACCUUUCAAAGAAGAAAUGCCUCUGGGCCUUUUCUCAAUUAAACUACAGCCACUUAUGGUAAUUUCUACAGCAUGAGUUAUCACUAUCGUUCAGAUUAUACCAGCAGUUUCCUUGUUUGCUGGACAUCAGAGACAGUUAUUUCUCUUGAAAUGAAACUGCAGAUGAAAUGCAUAUUACUUUUACUGGUCAAUGAUAUUGUUUAUAAUAAGAAUAUUGAUGAGGUAUAGUAACAAAGCGUAACGCAAAUAAAUUUAAAAAGUUUUGAGUGUAGUGUACUCCUUUAAAAAAUAAUCAGUGUACUGUAUUUGCGAGGUUCGGCUGCACCAACCCUCUUUCCAAAACUUCUGAAUCGGCUACUGCAAGUCUACUUGCAAAUA